AUAAAACAACAAAAAUCAAAAAUCGAAAACACAAUUACACGUCACGAUAGACCAGGAUCGGAGGAAGAAAACGAAGCAACCGAAACACAUACAGAACACCGAAGAGGAAGAAGAAGAAGAAGAAUAUAAAGAGAGUGUGUGAGAGAAGGUGAUGACGAUGGACAGAGAGAAGGAGAGAGAGAUAGGGCUGGAGAGUGCAAUGUACACGAAUUGCUUGUUGUUGGGACUGGAUCAAGCGAUUAUCGGAGUCGGAGCAUCCAACGCGACUCCUCGGGUCGGGCAUUUCCGUCACUCGAACCCUAAAUUGGGGGAACAGCUUCUCUACUUCAUCCUUUCAUCUCUCAGAGGUCCAAUUCAAUCCGCCAAAGAUUUCGACAAGGUCUGGCCCAUUUUCGAUUCCGCGCAGUCGCGUGAUUUUCGUAAGGUUGUGCAAGGGAUUAUUAGCGAGCUUGAGUCGCAGGGAGCGUUACCGAGGAGUAAUUCAAGGGUUUCUUCACUUGCUACGUGCUGUGGACCUAGGUUUGUUGAGCUUCUAUGGCGACUUUCUUUGCAUGCUUUAAGAGAGGUUCAUCGAAGGACAUUUACUGCUGACAUAUCUUCUAACCCAUUGCCCGCUCCAUUGACUGAUGUAGCCUUCUCACAUGCAGCUACACUACUUCCAGUCACAAAGGCAAGAAUAGCCCUUGAAAGAAGAAAGUUUCUUAAGAAUGCAGAGAUGGCUGUACAACGUCAGGCUAUGUGGUCAAAUUUGGCUCAUGAAAUGACAGGUGAAUUUCGAGGCUUAUGUGCUGAAGAGGCUUAUUUGCAACAAGAAUUGGAAAAACUCCAUGACUUGAGGAAUAAAGUGAAGUUGGAAGGAGAGCUCUGGGACGAUCUUGUCUCCAGUUCAAGUCAGAAUUCCCAUUUAGUUUCAAAGGCCACUAGACUAUGGGACUCUUUAUUAGCCCGUAAAAGUCAACAUGAAGUCCUUGCAUCUGGUCCUAUCGAGGACCUGAUUGCUCAUCGAGAACACAGGUAUCGAAUUUCUGGAUCAUCUUUGCUUGCAGCAAUGGAUCAGAGUUCUCAAGCUCCAUAUUCAGAUGUAUUAUCUGGUCAGCCUGGAGAUUUUUCUGCUAUUGAUAACAAAGAAGAAAAUGAUGGAUCACAUUUUAGCAAUGAGACAUUAACGAGGGUGGAUGACAGAAUUGGAAGAGUCCACCAAACUGUUGAUGUAGCAGAGGUUAUACGGCGAUGGACCCAUGCCUUGCAGCGUAUCCACAAACAAUCACUUCAUCUGUCAAAAGCAAAUGAUGGAGAGGGUCCAGAUAUAUUGCGCAGUGGACAGGAAGAGGGUUCGAGUGGCCAUGCUGAGUCUUUAGCAGCAACCCUUGCAGAGCAUCAGCAACAUUUAGCUAGUUUCCAGGUUCUUAUUAACCAACUCAAGGACGUUGCUCCAACCAUACAGAAGUCCAUAUCAGAGUGUACAGAAAAGGUUAACUGUAUAGCUGCAAAUCUACCACCAAUGAGUAGACACAAUGGUCGGUCAACAUCACCUAUACAAUCACAGAGUAGUGGGAGGAUGGACAAUAGCACUGAUGAUGUUAAUGAGGUGACUUCAAGAUUAUCUAAUAUUCAGCUUGACAAGGUUUCUAUUAGUCCUCCCACUUUAAAGCUUCCUAAAUUGUUUAGCUUGACCCCAUCUUCUGGAAAAGCUGGAAAUGUCCAAAGGCGCCAGAGUAAUGCCCCUCAAACCAGCCAAACUGAGAACCUCUCUGACAGCAAAUCUCUGGAUCCUCCAUUAAAUAAUGAAGUAGCGAGUUCAGCUGAAGAAAGUGACAGUUUGUAUCUCCAGAAUUUGAAGAGGUCGGUAAGAGAAGCAGCGCUGUCAUUGCGGUCAUGUAGUUCAGAUUCAUCACGGGAUAGUCAAUCUGAUGGAAGUUCUGAGCACUUCUUUGUCCCCCUUUCAGAAACCAGCUUUUCUCAUUUAGAUGCCGAAAAAGGGGGAGUUUCAUUGAGAAGCAAAAGAUUAUUUGUAUCACAAAUGGAUGAUUCCUUUCUUGAGAGUCAUGCAUCCGGUGGGCAUGGGAUGAGCAAGUUUGGUGAACUUCCAGAUAUGUUGAAUGAUUUGGAAAGGCUCUCUGAUUAUGACAAUGUAAAUGGGUUUCUCUCGUAUACUGGUUCAAAUGCAACAUCUGAUGCUCAGCGGUCAAUUUUUGACUUUGAGGAUGCACAGGAUCAAGUCUUCUCACCACCUCUGUUAAUGGAUUCAUCACUUUUGACAGGUUCAUUUGCAGACUUGCUCGAGGGACGAAUAUGUACCUGUGCCUCCUUCAUGCAACAUGGGCUUGUGCUCUCGUAUGUUGGUUUUUGAGUUAGGAAUUUGUUGUUGCAUUGCAGCCCCCUUGUCGGAGACCGAAACGGCCUUGAUAGACCACUGGAAACUUUGUAGACAAGCUGCAAAACUAAAUUGAAGAAAGUGCAUAAUUGAGCGGUGGAUUGGUAUUCUUUUGUUGAGAUGUACACUCCAUUCACCUUUUAGUAUAACACAUUGCUUGUAUGACUUUAUUCUUUGUUUGGCAUAUUUUAACCAUCUAUAUACAAUUGAUGCCCUACAAUUGGGAGGGAACCAUGAGUGAUAGGAUACAGGGUGAGAGGACUUAAUGGUUUAAAAUAGAAGGUGGAGGAAUUCUAUAAAUAAGACUCGGUUAUGUGUCAGGGGGUAUCGAGUUUUUUGUUGUGUAGGGUUAUGCCCUCAGCCAGGAAGGUUAUGCUCCCAACCCAGUCAUUGUAAAAUAGCUUUCUUUUAUUGUGAAUAAUAUAGAAGACCUAUUCUUUC